AUGAAGAAAAAUCUGAAUUAUUCAGAGGUGACUGAGUUUAUUCUGCUAGGAUUCAGAACAUCUCCAGAAGUACAGAUUCUCUUAUUUCUACUUUUCUUGUUUAUCUAUAUGGUCAUUGUGUUAGGAAAUAUCAGCAUGAUAGUUGUCAUUAAAAUAGACUCCAGACUUCAUACACCUAUGUACUUCUUUCUUAGAAAUUUGUCUUAUUUAGAUAUCUGCUACUCCACAGUCAUUGCUCCCAAAACUCUGGCCACUUUCUUGUCCAAAGACAAAAAAAUUUCUUACAAUGGCUGUGCAACACAAUUCUUUUUCUUUGCUCUCUUUGUUGGAACAGAAGGCUUUCUCCUAGCUGUGAUGGCAUAUGAUCGCUUUUCCGCCAUCUGCUCACCUUUCCUCUAUACCACACGUAUGUCACCCCAGGCAUGCAUUCGUUUGGUGACUAGUUCCUACGUCUGUGGCUGCAUCAAUUCCAUGAUACAGACAGGUUUCACUUUCAGUUUGCGUUUCUGCGGAGAAAACAGAUUGGACCAUUUUUUCUGCGAUGUACCAGCCCUCAUCAAGAUCUCCUGUGUAGACACGUUUGUGAAUGAGAUUGUCCUGUUCAUUCUCUCUGCUCUCAUUAUCAUCUGCACCACCACUAUCAUCCUGGUUUCCUAUGCCUACAUACUGUCCACUGUUCUCAAGAUCCCCUCAACCCACGGCAGGAGUAAGACUUUCUCCACUUGCACUUCUCAUAUCACUGUGGUGAGUAUAUUUUACGGAACUGUAUUCUUCAUGUAUGCCCAACCUGGGGCCAUCUCCUCCCCAGAGAAAAGUAAAGUUAUAGCUGUAUUCUAUACUCUUGUCAUUCCUAUGUUAAAUCCCAUGAUUUAUAGUUUAAGGAAUAGGGAGGUGAAAAAUGCUGUGAAAAAGAUACUGUUGAAAAAAGUAUCUUUUCAUUGA